AUGUCUGCCACUGCCUCUGAUUCCGAGUUCUAUGCUCCUUACAAGGCGAAGUAUCUCUCCUACCUGGUGAAGCGUGCUUCUGAACUGGAUUAUCAACGACUUGAGCAGCUCUUGCCCAAGAUACCCAUAGGCGUGCCAUCUCCCAAGACAGACACUACAACCCAGAAUGGAAAAACAGCAGAGAUCGAGAAGAAAAUAAAAGAGCUCGGUAACUACACCCAGGAUCUGCGACCAGUCAAGAUUGGCAUUAUUGGUGCUGGUAUAUCGGGCUUGUACACAGGACUUAUUCUUGAACACCUUGGACUUGAUUAUGAGAUCUUAGAAGCCGCAGAUCGCAUUGGUGGUAGGGUUUACACCCACAAGUUUCCUGGCGAUGAUGAUGAACGUUCAUAUUACGACAUUGGCGCCAUGAGGUUUCCUGACACUCCUGUGAUGACUAGAACAUUCGAUCUUUUCAAGAGAAUGGAUAUUGUCACAUCCAAAGCCCCAAACGAAGCUAGUGCGGAGGCACGAUUGAUUCAAUACAUCAUGGAGGGGGAGAAUUGUCCUAUACGCUAUAACGACAUUACCGCCAUAGCAACGAAGAAUGAGAAUAAGAGCACGGAAUAUGUCACCCUAUGUGGUCCAGGCGUGAAGUCAAAAUCUGACAAGGAUCCAUUCCGAGUCAGCACUGCUAAUGGCGGUCCAGUUCCAAUCAGUCGUGUUUCAGCAGAAGCAGGAAAACAGAUUACGAGUGACGCGUACGACCGUUUUCGACAAAAGAUCAAGGACGGUGUAAAAGCUGUUCAGGCGGCGGAGGCUACGAAAAACGAGCAGGAGAUAAAGGACGCUCAAUCUCAGCUGGAGUGGGCAUUUGAUUAUCUUAUGAGACAUGAUAAGUACUCCAUGAGAGACUACCUCAUGAACGUCGAAGGUUACGAUGCGGAAACUGUACAUUGGCUCGAGACGACGGAUAGUGCCUCUGGUUGGUUCAAUGAAGCAUUCUCAGAAAAUGUACUCGAAUCGCUUGCAUUCGACUUUGACAAUCCUUCGGUGGCCGGUGAAACCAAGACGGAUUGGUACUGUGUUUUAGGUGGGACAAGCAAAGUCAUUGAUGCAAUGCUCGCAAAAACCAAAGGAUUGGAAUCGAAAAUCAAGAAAAACCACUGGGUCACAAAAGUCUCCCUUCUCAAAGACAAGACAACAGACCAAGGAACAGGUAUGAAGGUUGAGUAUAAUAUCAAGGAUCUCAAAACCACACUUGAUGCCGACAAAGUCAAGGCCGAAUCUGCCGAGUACUCUGCUGUGAUCAACACCACAACUUUGGGCGCUUUGCAGAAAAUUGAUCUUACCGAUCUUGCCCUUCCAUAUGGCAUGAAGACUGCAAUCCGUGUUCUGCGUUAUGAUAGCUCGACAAAAGUUGGGAUCAAAUUCAAGAAGAUGUGGUGGAGAGAUGCCGACUUCCUUCCAGGUCGUGCUAUUAAAGGCGGAGUAGCUAAAACUGACAUGCCUCUACGAGUGUGCGUCUACCCAUCGUACAACAUUUCGGAUAACGCAGAGGAGGAUGCUCAGAAGCCUGGAGUUCUGCUCGCAUCAUACACGUGGGGUCAAGACGCAGAAAGAGUGGCAUCGCAUAUUUCGUCGACUUCUCCAGAAAAUGAGGACGACCUUAUUCGACUAAUGAUGUAUAAUCUCGCACGACUUCAUACCCUCAGCGAACCGGCAGAAAACUAUGAUGAGCGAUAUCAAUAUAAUUUGAAGUAUAUUACUGAUCUGUAUGAAUGUCACCAUGCCUACGACUGGUCGAAAGAUCCACAUGCAGCGGGUGCCUUUGCACUUUUCGCUCCAGGACAAUUCAGUACCUUGGUCCCUUACCUCGUGAGACCAGCGGCCGAUAGUCGGUUUGUCAUUGUUGGUGAGCACGCUUCCGCAAACCAUGCUUGGAUUGUGGGCGCAUUGGAUUCGGCCGUUCGGGGCCUGGGCCAGGUGUUGACACGCCUCAAACUGGAUGACAAGCUCAAGGAAUUGGGCGAGGAGUUUGGAUUUUCGACUGAAAUGAAGCCGGAACAAGUCCAGAGACAAGUUCUGCUGGGUCGAGCGGACCAAGAUCUCAUGGAUAAAAGCCAGAUUGGUCGUCAGCUCGUUCCAGCCGAUGUGAAUGCUUUUCCGUAG